CUGGUGCAUUGUCCCAUGUUCCAUGUCCGUCAUGUGAUAUUCGUCGCUCGAGAAAAAGUUUCGUGAUCGCAUCGUCCACUUUUUAUUUUUUAUUUUGCCCUAAAGCACUUUGCGUCGAUCCUUUGAGCCUGCAAAAUGGAUUCCGAGUGGGUGCCCCCGAUCGUCAUCACCAGCAUUUGGGCCUUCAUUGGCAUUAUCUGCCCCUUUUUCGCCCGUGGUCCCAACAGGGGGGUGACUCAAUGCUGCCUGAUGCUUACCGCAGCGACGUGCUGGCUGUUCUGGCUGUGCUGUUACAUGACGCAGCUGAACCCGCUGAUCGGACCCAAACUAAGCAUGGUCGAGAUCAUGAUCAUGGCCCGCGAGUGGGGCAAUGAAAUCAAGGACUCCAUGGAUAUAGUCGUCUAAUCAUAAUGUAUUCGUUUCACGUGUUUUGUUAUUGUUUCUUUACCCCGGAUGCUCUUGCAUUCUGUCGCUCUCGACAAACCCGUUAUAGAAAAUCAUAGAUAAACAACAUAUUUGUAAAUUUAGUACGUGCAAACCUAUAAUGUUAACCUUGACUUUUUGGCCAAGCAUUCCCAUCAAACCGAGUGUCUUACAAUGAAGAUUGAAACUUAUAAUAAAGUAAAUUUACACUUAGAGCUGAAAGUGUUCAUUUAAAUACAUUAUUGUUGUUUAAAA